CCACAACACGCAUGUAUUAUAUUUGCUGUCAGUUAGCUGUAAGAAAACUUUGGGGACAUGAGCGCUGAUAAUCGCGGUGGAAAUGUGUCUGUGCCUUUUCGAAAUCUGCUGAACUCAAUCCAGUGCGUUAGAGACCGAGUCAGAGAUGGAGAGUCCAAUGAGUCAGAUGGAGCUUUUAACCUCUCCAACUUCUGGGACACUCUGAACCAGGCAGUGAAGGCAGUGUCUCAGGAAGCCACGAAACUCAGCCUGGCCUUCUCCAAACCCCCGCUACCAUCACAACAGGACGGAGAGAAGUUAGCAGAGUCCCUCCUGAAGAGUGUCCUCACCCUGUCCACAGUGUAUUAUUGGCUACCUAAGAGCCAAGGUGUUAGUCUGCGCAGACAGGUCAGAGACGCUACGGUCGAGGUUCUGGAGGGAGUCACACAGCUGGUGGAGGUCAUACUGAGCUCACCGCUACAGAGUCUGUCCCAGGAGCAGCUGACAUCAACAGGAGGUGUGUGGUCAGCCUGCGACCACUUUGCCCAAUUAC